CAUCAGUUACCAAAAUUUGCGUUGUCUUCGGUAAAAAACUGAAAUUAUCUGAUUGGAGUUUUCUGGAUGACAAGCGCAGAGUCAGCUUGCAAAUUGGAAAGAUAAAAGUGAAGUUAUUGUUGCCCCUUUAUGGAUUGCUCCUAUGCGGUUUGGUUCAGUGUUCAGUGGGCCAAACAGCUGCAGCAUCAACAACAAAAACCCCACCGAAUUUGGUGGCACCAAUAGAGGAAGAUGAAGAUGAAGAGAAGAUUGCGGAUGAAUUAGUUGCAGAAGUUGCAAAAUAUGGUGUAGUUCUGAAUGGCGUCGAUUUGUGCGGAAAUAUUGCAACCAAAACUUUUCUACCAUUUGUCGGCAAUAAACACUAUUAUAUUAAUUGCAAAAAUCAGAGCAUUUCUUCAGUUGGCAAUUGUAAUAUCGCGUCAAUAAGGGAGGAAGAAUGCGAGGGUAAAACAGAUUGCUCAAUCGUAUUCGAUUACAAGUUGCAAAUAUGCACCACAAAUGAUAAUGUGGAUAAGAAUGCAUUUAUGAAAGAAUGCGAACCAAAAGUAUUGUCAAGUUUUUGCUAUGAUCGCACCUGCACAAAAUACGUUCUAUGUUUUUACAAUACGCCAGUAUUGAGGGAAUGCCAGGAUGGUUUACAGUACAAUUCGAAGACAGACCGUUGUGAUUUCCCCGAAUUUGUGGACUGUGUGGAAAACAAAUGCUCGCAAGAAGAAACCCCUCAUAAUAUUACAUAUGUGGCCAGCAAGGCUAGCUGUGAGAAAUACUUCAUUUGUGCCAAUGGCCAGCCCAAUGAACAAGAAUGCUCAAGUGGCUUGUACUUUGAUGAUACUUGCCCGUGUUGCAAGGUCAAGGAUCAAGUUGACUGCACGUUGCAAUCUGCCCAACAACGGAACAUAAAGCCCUUCUCUCGAUCGCCCCCACAGCGUGCUGAUAUAAUUUGUCCGCCGCAAGGAGUUCACUUCUAUGCUCACAAGAGACGCCGCGAUGCCUAUUACUAUUGCGUACAAGGUAAUGGUAUUACAUUGGAUUGCACGCCAGGUCUGCUGUACGAUGUCAAGACUCGCGAAUGCCGUGAACCCAAAUACAUUGCCUAACUUACUGAGCACUCUAACUUAAUAAAAACAUUUAGUUUGCACUCUGUCUUUUACUCUCAUUU